UCCACAUGUGGUGCAUCUCGUCCAGUCUUUGAGGACAGAUGGUCUCCCCACCAGCAAAGCGUUCUUGCUGCAGUUCACUGAGCUUAUACACUGCAUGAUGUACCAGUACUCCGGCUUCCCGCGUCCUCUGACCACAUACUAGAGUCCAUCAAGGAUCUCCCAAAACCUGGAGAAGACAAGAUCAAGCUGGUGUUGAAUCAAAGUGCCUGGACGUCCCAGUCCAACUCAUUUGCCUCAGGUCCUCUGAGGCAAGUUGGGAAGUCUGAGACCGGUAAGACUGGCCUGGUCAACCUGGGGAACACCUGCUUCAUGAACAGCAUCAUCCAGACCCUCUUCAUGGCCACAGAUUUCAGGCGGCAUGUUUUAUCAUUACAUAUAAAUGGUUCCAACACACUAAUGAAAAAGCUCCAGCUGCUCUUUGCUUUCCUUGCACACACUCAGAGGGCAGCAUAUGCUCCAAAAAACUUCUUGGAAGCGUCUCGGCCUCCCUGGUUUAAUGCCGGCUCUCAGCAGGACUGUUCGGAGUACCUCCGAUUUCUUCUAGACAGGUUACAUGAAGAGGAGAAAACACUUCAAGUCCUGGAAUCAGUUAAACCAAAGGUCCCCCCCCCUGUUGACUCAAGCAGCAAAGACCCAACAGGUCAGACUUCUCCGGAGGAUGGUGAAGAGUCAUAUUUGACUCCAGCAGAGAACAGACCCGAGAAUGACGGCAGGACUUUGACAGAGAGGAUGUUUGGUGGGAAGCUGAUCACAGGUAUUCGCUGUAUGCAGUGCAACUGCAUCUCUGAGAAAGAGGAGCCUUUUACAGACCUCUCUUUGGCCUUCUGUCCUUCUGCCACCUCUCAGGGCAGCCCUCAACCUGAAGGGCCCUCAGAGGAACCCAAGGUUCUCUGUCAGGGAUCUGUCAAUGGCGGCAGUGAAAUUCCCGAGCCAGGCUUGGCCAAAACCCCAGCUAGCAAUGUCCAUUUUGUGCCAGUGACAAAUGAGCCUCCUCUCUCUGUGCCUGACCUGGUGAACUAUUUCCUGGCUCCAGAGAUCCUGGACGAAGAGAAUGCCUAUUUCUGUGAGAAGUGUAGCUCCCUCCAGCGGGCAGAGCGGACCAUGAAAGUGGUGUCGGCACCGGAAUACUUGAUCCUCACCCUGCUGCGGUUCUCAUAUGAUGCCAAAUGCCAUGUCCGGAGAAAGAUUCUGGACAAUGUCACCAUCCCACCACUCAUGAGACUUCCAGUACAUGCCCCUUCAAUGCCUAAACAAUGUUCCUCUUCUCCUCUGCAAGUGGAUUCUCCUGAGAGCAGUGAGAAUCUGGCCAAGAAGCUCAAACCAUCUCAAAAAGAUGAGGAGGAGAGGAUAGAUGGAGCAGAGCAGAUAAAUGGAAGAGGAGAGAUGGCAGUCCACUCAGUGCCAUAUGUCCUCAGCUCAGUGGUGAUGCAUUCUGGUAUGUCGUCCGAGAGUGGCCACUACUAUUCUUACGGGCGUAACAUUAAUGGCGCAGAUGGAACACAGCAUCCAGCCAACCACUUUGCCCUCAAGGAGGAUUUGGGGAAUGGCCAGACCGAGUGUAGCCUCUCCACUUGCUCAGCUCUCUCAAUUCCACCUGAACAAGGAGACGCACAACCUAAUAGUGGCCAGGAGGCAAGGGAUUGGCUGCUGUUCAAUGAUAGCCGAGUGACAUUCACAUGCUUCCAAUCAGUGCAAAACAUUACAAAUCGUUUCCCCAAGGACACCGCUUAUGUGCUGAUGUACAGGAAACAGGAGCUACCAGGGCAGAACAUAAAUGGGGGACUGAUGGCAAAUGGAAUGCGAUCGAGUACUGAGCCUCCCCUGCAGAAAGAACUACUGGAUGCUAUUAUCAAGGACAACAAGCUGUAUUUACAGGAACAGGAGCUCAACGCUCGGACCCAGGCUCUCCAGGCUCCUUCAUCCUCCUGCUCAUUCAGGCCCAAUGGUUCAGACGACAAUAACCCACCAGGGAGCUGCGGUCCAUCUGGUGGAGGUGGAGGGGGAGGGGGCUUCAAUACCAUUAGUAGACUGGUCUUCUGAAAGAAUAAAUGCUGCAGGAAAUCCAGAUGAACUGGCACUAAAGAGCAUCCUGAACUGAUCAUACCAUAGAUGUGCUUAUAACCUUAUGAAAAGAGCACUGAAAUUAUUUUUAAAAAAAACACACACACACACACACACACACACCUGCGUGGAUUCUGAUCCUAGAUUUGAUUUUGUUCUGACUAAAAUAGUUUUUAUACCACUGUUUCAGUCAUUUGAUAGUAUUUGAUUUGUUUAGAUUAAUUUUUGUGCUCUCAACAUUGUAAUCUACCAUUAAUCCUCCAAAUUCCCUAACUUGAGGUGAAUAAUACUUAUUGGUGCAAAUGUAUUCUCUCCCUUAAAUGACAUGGUAAAAUAAUGAUCCACUUUUGCAUAUGUUGAUAAAUAUGUGAAACUGGUUGAGUCUAGAAAGUGCUCAUAUUAUCUGGCUUGUCUGAGUGUUUAUGAUAUUACCUCACACAAACAUAUGCACAUACAUGCAUGUGCAGUGCACAGUACAGAAAAAAAGCAUUUAACUAAGAUAAAGACUUUUUUUGAUUUGUCACAGUUCUGAACGUACAGCUCACAACCUUUGUUUACUUUUCUGAUUUGCAUGCCGCUUUUCUUCAUGAGCUGUGGCGUUUGAUUUUCAUUAUAUUUGACUCUUGUUCAAUGUGUGAUUUGCUGUGUUUUACAGGUUUCAUAUCCCAUGCAAUAAAUGUACAUAUGACUUAAAAUAUUCAGAAUAAUCAUGGAAUACAAAACUAUAUGUGGAAAAUUGAAUACUUGGGUAAUCUCUGAGAUAAAGGCAUUUUUAAUAUGAAUAUUUAAUGCUGUCCUCCCACGAAUUGGUAGUGUCAUCUACAGAAAACUAUAUUACAAUUGUUUAAACAUACUGACAUCUGUUUGACUGCAUAUUUUAAUGUAUUCCUCUGAUUUGAUCAUUCAGGGAGACUUGUGUUCAUGCUGAUUUAAUGUGCCUUUUGAUAUUUAUUGCAGAUUUUUAAAGAGGAAUUUGUCAGGAUGCACACAUCAGCUGUACUGUGUUUAUAUUCAUAAUGGCUUUGUUUGUCCCUGCAGUAAAAACAACCCAGUA